AUGCUAGGAUGCUUAGCGAGUACAGCGCGGUGUGCUAGAGGUGGUUCGCCUGCGCAGCAAGAGAUGGCGUGGGAGGCGCUACGGAGACAACCGCCGCCAUCUCAGGAUCUGCUCAACGACAUGCAUUUCGACGACCCGCACCGCCUCUACUGGCGGGUGCCGUCUAUCCCAGAACAAUUGAACCUGAUAUCGGAUGAUGUCGAAGAGUCACCCCCCGAGGUAGGUAGCGUCAUGCAAUAG